AUGAGUCGACAGUUUAGUUCAAGGUCUGGGUACCGGAGCGGAGGGGGCUUCAGCUCUGGCUCUGCUGGGGUAGUCAGCUUCCAGCGCAGGACCACUGGCAGCUCCACACGCCGCAGUGGAGGAAGUGGUGGGAGAUUUUCAGGUGGAUUCUGUGGUGGUGGAGGUGCUGGUGGUGGUUUUGGAAGUCGGAGUCUUGUUAACCUUGGUGGUAGUAAAAGCAUCUCCAUAAGUGUGGCUAGAGGAGGUGGACGUAGUGGCUUUGGUGGUGGUUAUGGUGGUAGUGGCUUUGGUGGUGGCAGCUUUGGUGGCGGCGGCUUUGGUGGUGGUGGCUUUGGUGGUGGUUUUGGCAGUGGUGGUGGUUUUGGCAGUGGAGGUGGUUUUGGUGGAGGUGGUUUUGGGGGUGGUGGAUAUGGGGGUGGUUUUGGGCCUGUCUGCCCCCCUGGUGGCAUACAGGAAGUCAGCAUCAACCAGAGCCUUCUGCAACCCCUAAAUGUGGAGAUCGACCCUGAGAUCCAAAAAAUAAAGUCUCGAGAAAGGGAGCAAAUCAAGUCACUCAACAACCAAUUUGCCUCCUUCAUCGACAAGGUGAGGUUCCUGGAGCAGCAGAACCAGGUGUUGCAAACAAAAUGGGAGCUGCUGCAGCAGAUAGACACCACCACUAGAACCCACAAUUUAGACCCCUACUUUGAGACACAUAUCAACAAUCUUAGAAGGAAAGUGGACCAACUGAAGAGUGACCAAUCUCGGAUGGACACAGAACUAAAGAACAUGCAAGACCUGGUGGAGGAUUACAGGAACAAGUAUGAGGAUGAGAUCAACAAGCGAACAAAUGCAGAGAAUGAAUUUGUGACCAUCAAGAAGGAUGUGGAUGCUGCUUAUAUGAACAAGGUGGAGCUUCAGGCCAGAGCUGACAACCUGCAGCAGGAUAUCGAUUUCUUCUCAACACUCUUCCAAGUGGAGUUGUCUCAGAUGCAGACUCAAAUCAGCGAAACCAAUGUUAUCCUCUCCAUGGACAACAACCGCAACCUUGACCUAGAUAGCAUCAUUGCUGAGGUCAAGGCCCAGUAUGAGGAUAUCACCCAGAGGAGCAAGGCUGAGGCCGAGACCUUGUACCAGACCAAGUAUGAAGAGCUGCAGAUUACUGCUGGCAAACACGGUGACAGCGUGAAAAAUUCAAAGAUGGAGAUUUCUGAGCUGAAUCGGAUGAUCCAGAGACUUAGAUCUGAAAUCGACAGUGUUAAGAAGCAGAUCUCUAGCUUGCAGCAGUCCAUCAGCGAUGCUGAGCAGCGUGGUGAGAAUGCUCUCAAAGAUGCUCAGAACAAGCUGAAUGAGCUAGAGGAGGCUCUGCAGCAGUCCAAGGAGGACCUGGCCCGCCUGCUACGUGACUACCAGGAGCUGAUGAACACCAAGCUGGCCCUGGAUAUGGAGAUCGCCACCUACAGAACCCUCCUGGAAGGAGAAGAAAGCAGGAUGUCUGGAGAGUGUGCUCCGAACGUGAGCGUAUCUGUGAGCACCAGCCACACCACCAUCAGUGGAGGUGGUGGCCGAGGAGGCGGAGGUUUCGGCUCUGGCGGCGGCGGUGGCAGUGGUAGCUACGGCUCUGGAGGUGGCAGUUAUGGUUCUGGAGGUGGUGGCGGUGGCAGCUAUGGCUCCGGAGGUGGCGGUGGCGGCCGCGGCAGCUACAGUUCCGGAGGCAGCAUUGGGGGCCACAGAGGUGGUUCUGGAGGGGGUGGUGGGAGCUCUGGAGGCUCCUCAGGAGGCCGGGGAUCCAGCUCUGGGGGUGCCAAGAUCUCUGGAGGCAGUUCCAGCGUGAAGUUUGUUUCCUCCAGUUAUCCCCGAGGAAGCAGAUAG